CAGGAGCCGGUAGAACGUGAUGACGCACGCGCUGCAGGUGUUCGGCCCGGGGCGGGGAGCGGGGGCAGUGACUGGGCACGCGCCUGCGCGCCGCGGGGCCGCCGGGUCGCGCGAGUGGGCGGGCUACGCAUGCGCGCGGAGCGCGGCCUUAAGGGCGGCGGCGGCCCGAGCGGCCCAGUCGGCCCGUCCGCCGGCUAGGAGGCAGAGCUCGGCGCUUGCGCAGCGGCGGCCAUGGCGGCGGAGGACGAGGACAUUGGCGAAAGGUGUCCCCUGUAUAUAUAAAAAAGAAGCUGUUCGUAUAUCUAAUGGAAAUAAAAUAUGGACACUGAAAUUCUCUUAUGAUGUUCCAAAUAAGACUCCACUUGUCCUUCUCCAUGGUUUUGGAGGAGGUCUUGGACUCUGGGCACUGAACUAUGAAGAUCUUUGCACUGAUAGACCCGUUUAUGCUUUUGACCUGUUGGGCUUUGGACGAAGUAGUAGACCUAUGUUUGACAAUGAAGCGGAAGAAGUGGAGAAUCAGUUUGUGGAAUCCAUUGAAGAGUGGAGAUGUGCCCUAGGAUUGGACAAAAUGAUCUUGCUUGGACACAACCUGGGUGGGUUCUUGGCUGCUGCUUACUCACUGAAGUACCCGAAAAGGGUAAAUCAUCUCAUUUUAGUGGAGCCUUGGGGUUUCCCUGAGCGACCAGACCUUGCUGAUCAAGACAGACCAAUUCCAGUCUGGAUCAGAGCCCUGGGAGCAGUAUUGACUCCCUUUAACCCUUUAGCUGGCCUCAGGAUUGCAGGACCCUUUGGUUUAAGUCUAGUACAGCGUUUAAGGCCUGAUUUCAAACGGAAGUAUGCUUCAAUGUUUGAAGAUGACACUGUGACAGAAUACAUCUACCACUGUAAUGUCCAGACUCCAAGUGGUGAGACAGCAUUCAGAAACAUGACUAUUCCUUAUGGAUGGGCAAAAAGACCAAUGCUCCAGCGAAUCGGCAAAAUGGACCCUGACAUUCCAGUCUCGGUGAUCUACGGCGCCCGGUCCUGCAUAGACGGCAAUUCUGGCACCAGCAUCCAGUCCUUACGACCACACUCAUACGUGAAGACAAUAAUUCUUUAUUUGAUAGAAAUAUCUAGAAUGAGGCAAAAGUAGGUUUACAGUUGCCAUCCUUGGAGCGGGGCAUUAUGUGUAUGCAGAUCAACCUGACGAUUUCAACCACAAGGUGAAGGAGAUCUGUGACACUGUGGACUGAGCACCGGGUGAUGGGGGAAGCUCUGACUGACAGUCAGUCCCCGGGAAGAGGAAGGAACACAACAGAACCAGACAGUCUUCUUGGCUGUACUUUGCACCUGUUUUCUCUGUGAAGCUGAUUGCACACCUAAACCAGUUAGUGCCUUCUAGAAGAAUGCCUUUCUUUCUCCCUCACAAAGCCAAAAUAUACACGAGCCUCCGAAUCUAAUAGCUUUAAUAAAAGAUUGUUUGUC